AUGCGAAGAUCAAAAAGACUCCAGUCCAGUGGAGGAUUCUUGUUGCAACGCGCUCUUUCUGGUAGCAGUCGGUCUGCCGGUCCAGGCACUCCUGCUCGAAACAGUGCCGAGCCAGACGGCAAGGCAUUACAGUCUCCGCAAGCAUCUCAACCUGUGCGGUCGAAUCAACAUAGGCUUUCGCAACCGACAGAGACCUGUGGCGCGGUGUCGUCAGGCGAACAAACUACCCACUCUCAAGAUGACAGAAGCAGUUCACAUGACGAUGAAAUCGACACCGACUCGGCUCGAAUCGUGCAGAUGGCCUUGAGCUUGAGCGAAUCAAGGCGCAUCGCUUCUCGGCGACAAACCUCGCGAGCAGCACCACCCCGACUCGGCCCUAUGCCAGACGCAAGUUCGGGAAGCAAUCUACAGAAGCACUUUCAGCAACAGCGCAAGUCCUCGCACAGCAACCCGAACCGUCACAGCCCCAGGCUCCAGCAGGGUCAUUCUCCACGACUGGCUUCCAGGGCACUCGACAGUCCUUUGGCGCACACAAGCUUUGAGGGCGUGCAUGAUGGCCACUUCAGUUAUCAAUUUUCGCCAUCAACGUUGGCCAGAGCCCAGAAGGCCAAAGACCACCUGGAGCUGAUGGCGCAAUACAGAAGACUGCUGGAUGUGCUCCCCCCCCUCAAGUCCGGCAGCGGGCGGAACUUGGCCGCCAGCCCGCCAGGAUCUCCCAUUGCGAGGAAAUCCUUCAAUUUUGGCGGCCAUGGCGACAGUGGCCAGCUGGGGCGUCAGUACAACCCUCUGCAGUAUAUUCGCAACAGGAAGGUGCGUGCUCGGGAACGAAAGGUCAUUGACGGAGAGAAGCAAGGAUUCCGCGACCUUGACUCUGUGAAGCCUUGGGUUGAUCGAGCAGUCGAGCGGGCCACCUCGUUUGCGGCGAAUCCCGACGACGGCAAUUGCGUUUUACCGCCGUUUCCUGAUGCUCGUGAUGCACUUGAACAGCCUUUGCCGGAUAGUCUCUCUAGGACGGCCACACGGGCUCGAAGACCGAGAGUCGACUGGUUCGUCGAGCCGUGCGAUAUCAUGGCCGAUGCCUACUGGCUCGAACUAGGAAACCACAAAGAGCUCAUUGAGGACCGGAACUGGCGCAAGAUAUUCCCGCCACUGGCACCAAUCUCACGAACCGUGUCAAGAGACGCGACCGUUGAUCCCUGCGACGUCAUUCCGCCCUUUUCACUGCAGGACGAUGAUCCGUUGAACGGUCAAAUUUCUGGAGUCUCCAAGGUUGAUACAGCCACGUCACAUAAUAGUGCCAAAGACCGGGCAAAGCAGACCCUUCACAACAUUCGAGCCUUCCCUCAUCGUCACAACGCCUCCAACCUACAUUCUGACUUUAUGUGGCACAAGAGGGACUCCGCGUCCGCGUCCGCGUCCGCGUCCGACAUUUCCGGCAGUGAAAGCGAGCAGAGGAAAGUGCUGAACAAGCUCCCUGGCCCACGGGAAAAUGACAGCAACGGGUCUGUUCAAAGGAACAGCAAGCCUCUGUUGGACGCACAAGGUGCCGAUAUGAUGGUGGUAGCCAAGGAUGCUUGCCAGACAGACGUUUCCAAAGCUUCCGGGGCUGCUGUCUCUGAUACUGAGCCUUUUCCCCCUCCAGGAACACUCAAAACUCCUGAAAGGAAUCCCUUGUCACAACGGUCUAGUCGGCAUCGCGGUCGGAAGGAGUCCCUCGUUGACGCUAGCGACUCUGACCAGAGAGGUGCCUUUGACAGUUCCCUGUUGCUAGGCUCCCCCAUGCGCAAUGUCGCUGGGAGACAGAGUCUCCAUGUGAUGGAUCAGUCUCGCAAAGACGCCAUUUGCAGCAGAGAUUCCUCAGCACCAACCUCGCCGGAACUUCAACCGGCUCGUGUCAAUACUGAACCGAUGACCAGUACUCAGCACGCUCUGGCCCCAUCUUUAAGCCGUUCGGAAUCUCCGCAUAAAAACCCCAUCAGCAAGAUCAAGCAGAUCAUCCGCCACAAGAGUAGUGGCGAUUGUGGGAUUCUAGAGCAGGAUGACCGCUGGCGUCCGGCGGCGUUGGAACCCGAUUCCUCUGAGAAGAUGCCUUGGUCUGAGGGGCGACAAUCUACUUCUUCGCAGCCAUCAUUGCCAGUUGCCCUGAUGCCUCUGGAGCCAGUCAAAACGCACCUUCGGACAGGAAGCGGCAACCGUCCCUGGCCAGAGGAACAAGCCGGGCUGCGUGGCAUAUUCCGCGGCCCUCGCAUUGAUACCGUCAUUCGGGGCGGGGUGUCGAAACUCGGCGACAUGCUGCGGAAAAAGGAUGAUGGCGGCUAUUUGCCAGCCGACAUGGAAACUACGGACGAGUCGGGUGGUGAGGGAGCUCAAGGUCGAUCAGGAUCGUCGGUCGUUUCACGGCGCCCAUCCAGGCGAGCGGCUGACGGCCAGAGCCAGAGCCAGAGCCAGAGCCAGCCAAAGAAUUUCCUCGACUCGAUGCCCCAGUUCAACCGCAUCCACGAAGAGAAUGACGCACCGCCAGCCGGCAACCCUGCCGACGAUUCCGCCAACCUCUGGCACCAAUCGCUGCAGCAGCCAAACCUGCUUCGCCCGCUGCGCAUGGGCCCCCAAAGCGUGUCUCCGUCUGCCUCGGCAGAAUCAAGGCCUGCUAAGCUCGGGGAAUCCGAUGCUUCAGAGUCCGAUUCGCGCCGCGGCGGCGGCAACAUCUCGGAUAGGCUCCGGGACGCCGAUGGGCGUUCAACUUCCUUGCUCGGCUCUUGCAGGGCAGAGGAUGACGGCCGGUCCACGAAGAGCGGACGGUGGCCCAUCGCGAACAAGGGCACGCCCACCGAGCAGACUCGCCUGAUGCGCCGCGAAAUCGUCCGCUUUCGCGCCCUUGUUCUCAGCACGGGCAUCAAGGCCAUGGAAAUCAGCAGGAGGGCGCAGGAGGCGCACAAGCCGUUUGAGCCCGGCUGCCUUGCUACAACAGAUUGCUCGGCCCGGUCGGGCUGCGCGGGCAUCGCCUGGACAGACAUUGCCAAGCUUUGCCCCGACACUGCAGCGCAGAUUGCCGACGGCUCAGUCGCUUGCUACGAGCUGUACUCGGUGGCGGGGCGAUGCCUGCACACUGCCAUACAGACGUCUGGCCGCCGGUGGCAAGCCUCGGCCGACCAGUUCACGUCGAGGACCUGCCUGCAGCUGCAGAACCGCAUUGGCGACGUUCGGUCCCGCAUAGCGGACGACCUGCUUGAGAAGAGCCGCCAGGCCGGCGAUACGGCCGACGAGACGAGUCGCGACCUGGCCCUCGGCCAACCACUCAAAGUCAAGGCAGUGGUGGACACUAUCGAGAAGAUGCUGCGCCGAAGAAGGCGACGGCUCAGAUGGUUGCGGCGCGCCCUCUGGCUGACCGUGGAGUGGCUGCUAGUCGGCUUCAUGUGGUACGUGUGGUUCAUGGUGAUGAUUCUGAGGGUGUUUCUAGCCCUGGGCAAGGGCUUUGUCAGGGCGGCCCGAUGGCUUCUGUGGCUGUAG